UGCUCAUUAUGGAAACUGGUUGCGAAGAGUUUGAGUUACCAUGGGCGGUCACUGCCUCUUCGCUCUUGCUCUUAAAAGGAAGUGCAGACCUGUUGCGCGUCUAGAGCCAAGUGUCCAGAAACGAUUCCAGUAAUAUCCCCCUAAAGCUGUUCGCAUGGAUUCCAAACACUCUGCGGACGAGGCAGACACGGAAAGUCUGGAUCGCUUGAAGGCGCUUACCGAAAAGCUCAAGUUAGAGACUCGCAGACCGUCCUAUCUGGAGUGGCAGGAGAGGCUGCAGAGCGGACCGUGGAGAGACAAGAAUCAGGACCCCGACCAAGCCAAUUCAACGCACAGCACUUCAGACGUGGUCGUACAAAACAUCUGUGGCUUUGACACUAUUGAUGACGCUUUGGACUUUCUCAGAAAAGAGUUGAGGGAGAUGCAAGACCAGGACAACCAUCUGGCCCGUCAGCUGAUCCGUCUUCGUGGGGAGAUCAACAAGCUGAAAGUGGAGCAGGUGUGCGAGCGCCACAAAGAAAUGCUGGACAAUGCGACAUACGAGCUGGAGGAGUGCGGUGAGGAGUCCGAUCUGUUGUGUGACAUCCCCAUGAAGGCCACUUUUGCUUUGUCCACCCCACUGAAACAUCUGGGUCUCACCAAGAUGAACAUCAACUCCAGACGUUUCUCACUGUGUUAAAGCUUCAUCCCUUCCUCCUGAUGAGUAUUAGGUUCGAAUUGACUUUCACCUAACAAUAAGUCCUAUUUACUUUUUGGGAGCUCCGAAGUGUCAAUAAAAGGAAGCUAUUUACUUUGUGCUUAGCAGUGUGUCAUUGGGAUGAGCAAGACUAUCAACAUUUUAUUAGGUACAUCGACACAAUCUAAAGAAAUAAAAUGAUCCCUUUUCAAAAAUGAUAAUGAUUAGUUUUGUUUGGCACUUUUCUGUACAAUCAUUUUGAUUAGCAAUGGCUUGUUCAAACCUAAUUCGAUUUCAUAAUGAAAAGGGUCUUAUUUUUGGUUUUCUAAAAUUUUAUCAUAGGUUUCUGGGGAAAAAAAAUCAAAAUGAAUUUUUAACUAAAAUCGUUCUCAAUUGUAGAAUAAUAUAAAUUUGUUUCACUUAAUAAAUGUGUGGUUUUAAAAAAAACACAUUUAUGAAUGUGUAUUUUUUUAAAGUACAAAACUAACAUGAUUUUAUGAAUGAGGGGCACGCUUUUAAUACUUUUAUGAACACAUGGGCAUUUUAGUCGUGUGGUCUAACACUGGCACUUUGAGAUUGUUUCUUCAUAACCCUAAAUAUCUCGAUGAUUUCCUCACAGAAAUACUGUUUUACAUUAUAAUGUGCAAAAAUGAGCAAACUUGCCCUAUUACCUUACAUUCAAAUGACUUGCCUGACUAUAUAAUACAAUAUAGAUAACAUUGUAAUGUAAUUUACUGUAUCUAUAAAAUGUAUAAUUGUCAUUGCAACUUAACAUUAAAAGAAACCUCUGCUA